AUGUGGUGCAUGAGAAGAUUGCCAACAAAUUCAGUUAUGACGGUGGCUCGAAAGAGAAAGCAAACUACGAUCGAAGACUUCUUUGGUACAAAGAAAAGCACUAAUGAGGCGCCCAAUAAGAAAGGUAAAUCGGGCGCUACUUUCAUGACCAUAACAAAUGGCGCAGCUAUCAAGACAGAGACAAAGGCGGUCGCAAAGGAGGCAAACACGGACAAAUAUCCUGCUAAUUCAAAUGCAAAAGAUGUAUAUUCGAAGAACUUGAGCAGCAAUUUACGUACACUACUGUCGCUGGAGCUAGAAACGAUUGAUGAUUCGUGGUUUCCACAUUUAAUGGAUGAAUUUAAAAAGCCAUAUUUUGUAAAGUUGAAACAGUUUGUCACUAAAGAGCAAGCUGAUCAUACAGUAUUUCCGCCUGCAAAGGAUAUUUACUCAUGGACCAGGCUAACGCCUUUUAAUAAAGUUAAAGUCGUGAUUAUCGGUCAAGAUCCCUACCACAACUUUAAUCAGGCGCAUGGCUUGGCUUUUAGCGUCAAACCCCCUACACCAGCACCACCGUCAUUAAAGAACAUAUAUAAGGAACUGAAGCAAGAGUAUCCUGAUUUUGUUGAAGAUAAUAAAGUGGGAGAUUUAACUCACUGGGCUUCACAAGGGGUUUUAUUGCUUAAUACCUCGUUAACUGUAAGAGCACAUAAUGCAAACUCGCAUUCUAAGCAUGGUUGGGAAACUUUUACAAAAAGGGUAGUUCAGUUGUUGAUCCAGGACAGAGAGGCCGACGGUAAGAGUUUAGUAUUCCUCUUAUGGGGGAACAAUGCUAUCAAAUUAGUAGAGUCUCUGUUGGGAUCUACUUCCGUUGGAAGCGGUAGUAAGUACCCUAAUAUCAUGGUGAUGAAGUCAGUGCAUCCGUCUCCAUUAAGUGCAAGUAGAGGAUUUUUUGGUACCAACCAUUUCAAAAUGAUAAACGAUUGGCUAUACAAUACCCGCGGAGAGAAAAUGAUAGACUGGAGUGUUGUUCCUGGAACGUCAUUAAGAGAAGUUCAGGAGGCAAAUGCUCGCUUAGAGUCAGAAUCAAAGGACCCUUGA